AUGGAUAAAUCAUGGAUUGAUAUGCCACGCAAUACAACUGAAUACCUUGACGGGCUGGAUAAAUUUCUAGAUUUUGCAUUUGAGAAGCGGUCAGUUGAUGGUGUAAUAAGGUGUCCAUGUCCUAAAUGUCGCUGUAAAAAAUGGGAAAGUAGAGAUGUAGUGCGUGACCACUUGAUUUGCAAGGAGUUUCCCAAAAAUUAUAAGGUUUGGAUAUGGCAUGGUGAAACAUAUGAAACUAUCACAUCAAGGGACACUCAAGUAACGUUGGAGCCACUACAAAAUGAAAACCCAGUACUAGAUAUGAUAAAUGAUGUGUUUGGGGUAAAGAGAAAUUGUGAUGCGGAACCCACCUCUUCACCUGAACCAUCUGAGUUUGGAGAUGCCAUACCAAAUGAAGACCAAAGAGAUUUUGAUGAUUUGGUUGAGGAUGUUCAGCAGCAAUUGUAUGAAGGCUGUCAAAAGUACUCAAAGUUGUCUUUUUUGUUAAGAUUAUAUCAUAUAAAAUGCUUGUCUGGUGUCACUGAUAAGGCAAUGUCAUUAAUACUAGAUCUUUUGAAAGAUGCAUUUGAGUUUGCAAAGCUACCUGAUUCGUUCUACGAGGCAAAGAAGGUUAUCCACAAACUUGGUCUUCAUUAUACCAAGAUAGAUGCUUGCCCGAAAAAUUGCAUGUUGUACUGGGGAGAAGAUGAAAAUUUGGAGAGAUGCAAACAUUGUGGAAAAUCUAGAUGGAAGCCAAGAAAGGGAAAAAAUGGGACAAUUAUUCGUAUGAAAAACCUACCAGCAAAGGUUUUGCGCUACUUUCCCUUGAAACCAAGGCUGCAAAGAUUAUUCAGGUGCUCUAAAACAGCAAAGUCUAUGAGAUGGCAUGCUUUGGCGAGUAACCCAGAUGGAUUGUUGAGACAUCCAAGAGAUGGUGAAGCAUGGAAGAAAUUUGACGAAAAUCACCAUGAAUUUGCUAAGGAACCCCGAAAUGUUCGCCUUGGCUUAGCUGCUGAUGGUUUUAAUCCUUUUGGAGUAAAGAGCACUAAGAACAGCAUAUGGCCAGGUAUAAUAUAG